AUGCAGAAUAUUGACUCAACUUGUUAUAUUGGUAUCACUUUGAUUUCAUUGAGUCUUACUUCUAACCUCAUUGUUGGGUCUUUCAUCUUUCCCUCCAAAGGUUGCCGGGGCCGCAGUCACGACUAUCACGAAUCCCCAAAAUCUGACUUCUUUGUUUAUUACCCACGACUUCGGUUCAUAUCCUUGGUCCUUUUGUUUUAUGCUUGGCAUUUGUGUCUCGCGGAUUUUUUUCCGAGCCUUCUAAGCUGCAUGAUGUAUUCCAUCAUUCCCACCCACCUCUCUCUCUCCUCGCUUGUGACACAGAUGACAUACGAUUGGUCUUGGGAUUUCGGUACCCUUGAUACAUCUUCUGUCUGA